AUGAGCACCAGUUCGUCUAUAUUCUUUGAGGUGGACACUGAGGGGAAUGAAGCAGCCGAGGAGGAAGAAUGUCACAGCCUUCGCGAGGUCCCUAACCCAGCGGCCAAUACGAAUGCGGUAGCAUGCAACACUAGCGACGACGUGAUGGCAGCUGGAGGUGCUCUGUAUAGGCCCUGUGUAUCGGCUCUAUCUGUCCCUCGUUCGAGUAGCUCAGGCGAUGCGACCAGCGAAGAGAUGCAACAAGAUGUGCGACUGAUGCUGCAGCGAAACGUCGGUCUAGAAAUACCAGCCAGUGAUCAAAAUGAAGAGCAAAGUAUGAGUUGGGUGACAGCUGAAACGGUGGAGCAAAUGACCGAUGUUGAUGACCCCGAAGGAACAGGAGAACGCCUCAGGGGCCAGGAGGUGAAGGUUGUGAAGGAUCUUAAGAGGGAGAGUUCUGGGGAACUGAAAAGAGGUGAUGGUAGGGAAUAUGAGACGGAAAGCGAUACCGAUUUGGCUGGGAUCUCUCGUCCGCAUAACCACUCCAUGAUAGCCGAUAAGGUAAACGCGCUGAACCCCGCCCGGUCUCCCCGCUUCCUCCCCAUUCCCUCAGGCAAUGCCAAGCACAGGGAUAUUGAAAGGGGAAACAAUAGCCUUAGCGUUGCCAAUAGUAACAGGAGUGGAAACAAUAAUGCUGAACAACAGGUUCACAGUAACGGUAAUAAUGCAAUGACUGCUAGUACGAGCCCGCCCCCCAAGGCAAGCGUGGAAGGACCUGCAUCGGCACCAGCAGAAAAAGGGGCGGAUGCGCAGCUUAAAAGAGAAAAGAAAUGCGAUGCAUCGUUUCCACAACCAGAAGAAGCAGGAGCGGUGAAUCCCGAGCAAGUCUGUGACCAACCUGCUAUUCCGGUGCAUCCCUCAGCCGCCCGUGCGGCUCCGGAAGCUAAGCAAGUGAAGCAGACGGCCAAAGAAAAGAAAAAAGGAGGAUUUUUCAAACGUAUAAAGGGCUUGUUUUCAUGUUGCGGCACCCGCAAUGUCGUGGGAAAGAAUAAUUCAAAAGAACUAAGGACUGCGGGCGGUGGCGCCCCCAUCGCAGCCAGUGGAAAGGCAGAGAGAGCCGUUGCCUUGAAUGCAGCGGUAGCAGAAGGAGAAAGGGGGAAGAAUGGCAAAGCCGGCUGUUCGCUGAAACACGAACACGAUGAAACAACCCCCCAGGGGCGGAAAUGCGGAGGUGAACACUCAGAUAACGAAGGCACCACAGCCAACAGCAACGGGAAAGAUCGCAAAGGUGAACCGAAGGUAUCGCGUUCCAAACAUGAUGGGAUGAAACCAGAUGGAAUUACAAAGGAAGCGGAAAAGAAUAUUGGCAAAGUCACCGUAAACAAAAUUGCCGAGCGGGGUGCAACCACCCGAGCCCAAGAAAGGGGGUCCUUGCGGUCCGAAAGGGAUAUUGGUUUAAAGGGAAAUGACGAUGGUGGCGUGGAUGAUACGGAAACAGAUUGCUUCUCCACAAUCCCCAACGAGGAGCAGGACUCAUUCGCGACAGGCGUGCUUCCCCAACCGUCAGCACAGGCCGCGUAUGACGAAGGGAAAAACUCGGGAGAUGCUCGACGGGAUGUGUCUGACACUCUUGUCGGAGAUGAUGUAACUGAUGAAACACUCAAAGAACGACAGAAGCCAGCGAGCGAAAGUGAAAUGCACGACGAAAGGGAUCAGACAUGGCGGGCGGCCGGCGCAGGACAAACGGAGGAUGCGAACACUGACCCUUCCGGUGCUUUCUCCCCUCAAUCCAUAUCACUGUGUCCAUACUGCAAUUGCACCGGUAAUAAACAAUGCAACUGCCGGAGAGACGGUGAACCAGGCGAUAGCAAAGGUGGCAAUGGAAGUGGGCAGGCACCACCGGUGGGCCGAAGAAAGCCUCGACCAAAGUGGUCGAUUGGGCCAAAGAAAGACACGGAUGGCGCGAGUCAGGUGAACAAAGAAAGCAAUGUCGUUCGAUCUGGUGGUGGCUCCUACGUGCAGCUAGCAGAGAAGCGGCGAGAGUAUUUAAAGAAUACAAAAAGAGGGCAACAAAACAUUGGAAGGGUGCGUAAUAACUCCUCCAGUAAGGGCACUAGCGGUGGAGCAAGGCAGCAAGCAGCCCCCAUGCAGCAACUACAGCAAUAUCAAUUAGAUCAAACCUCCCAGCAAAGGUCACUGAAACACACUCCUGUACAACAGCAACAACACGCGGAAGGCGAUGGAUCGGAAACCGGUAACCGCACUCCAGUGAAAAAAAUGGCUGACGAGGAGCGUGCGACCUGUGGUUCGCGGUCGGCGACACCCCCGCGGCUGCCCCCACCAAAAAACAUUCCGGAGUUUAUGAACAGUCUCAAGACUUUAGAUAACGCGUUUAAUCACUUAAACAAUCCACCCAAGUUGCCCUGUAGUUCGGAAGAGAAUUUUUCAUGGGAGCACUUCAAGAAGCACUUCUACCUCGCCGGACAGCAGUUCCCCAGUGAAGUGAUGAACGAUGAAGAGUUGCGAGAAGUCCUCGCUGACCUUUCGACCAAAAUGCGGCCCUCAUGCUCCGCUUGUCGGUCCACACCUUCGGAGCUGUGGUUGUUAGAACUUCUAACUGGUGUGAAGAGCAGUCAGUUACUCGUACGGUUAGAGAAGAAAUCGCUAUAUGAAACUCCUGCAGAGACGGCUCUAAGGGGAACUGCGUCGAGGGGCGGUGAAGUCGUAACUUCGGCGGUGCCUGCCUCUCACGAACAAUAG